AUGACGGACGUCGCUGUCGUACCAAAGUUGUAUACGGGAUCGGACCAUCGCCUCAUCCAAGGAAGAUUUUCCUUCACAAGGAGAGCAGAGAAAGCCGCCAAGUUCAGAGAGCGAAAUCCCAGAACUAUCAUCAACUGGGAUCUCUUCGCUACGCUAGCCGGCUUUUGGGGAGAUUCCGCAAUGGACAACAUCGACGAGGAAUAUGACCGGCUCGUUGAACACCUUCACGACUGCGCGAAGAAGGCUGAGAGUUUUAAAACCAUCAACAGACGCCUGUAUUUUAAAGCUCUUGAGCUGAUACGCCAGCAGCACGAGCCGCAGGGAACCAAGAACUCACGUCCGAGCUCGCAAAGCUUUGCAGAGAGGCCAUAA